AUGAAAAUAUUUUUAAGCAAAUGGGCUGAAAAAGGUAUUAUAGAAUCUGUUGAAGAUAAGAAAACUGAAAAUUGUCAUAACCUACCACAUAGGGCUGUAAUUAAGCAAAGUUCAACCACAAAGAUUAGACCUGUGUUCGAUGCCUCAGCGAAGGAAAGGAAUGGUGUGUCCUUAAAUGACUGUUUAGAAAAGGGCCCAAAUUAUUUGGAAUUAAUACCGAGUAUUUUAAACAGAUUUCGCCUAGGUAAAUACGGGGUUAUCUCAGAUAUAUGUAAGGCCUUUUUGCAAAUAGGUGUCUGUCUUCGAGAUAGAGACUUUCUUAGAUUUCUCUGGUGGGAAGAAGGAGAUUCCGAAAAAUUUAAAAUAUAUCGACAUAAGCGCGUUGUGUUUGGCGUUAAUGGCAGUCCUUUUUUUCUCGCCGCCACACUGAAUUAUCAUCUCGAGAAUGUUCCUGAACAUCAACAAGAGGUAGCUAAGAAAUUAAGUGAAUCAAUGUACGUCGACAAUUGUGUGGCCAGCAUUGAUACUAUUGAAGGACUAAACACUUUCAUUAAUGUGUCGAAGGAAAUUAUGUCGACUGCUAAAUUUGAUUUAAGGGGAUGGUGUUACAAUGAACCUAGCAAUGAAACUUUAAAAGGAAAUCCUUGCAAUAAAGACUCCGAUAAAACCGUAUCAGUUCUGGGGUUGAAAUGGAAUUUAUCAAAUGACACUUUGUCCUGUGACUUUAAAGAUAGUUCUGUGAAACAGCCUGUCAACAAAAGGAAUAUAUUGUCAAUAGUACACAGGAUUUUUGAUUCGAUUGGUUUUACAGCUCCUGCUACUCUGAUUCCUAAGCUAAUGCUUCAAGAAUGCUGGAAACAGUAG